AUAGAUGCCGUUAGGAGGAUUUCCCACCAACCCAUUCCCAGUAACACUGCAGGGACUCUCUUCAAUUUCUCCUCCCAGAGGGAAGGCUGUCGGAUAUGGAAGAUGACCAUGAUGAAGGGAACCGACGGGUUGGGAAUCCAGAUCACUGGAGGCCGUGGAUCCAAGCGCUCCCCACACGCCAUCAUAAUUGCCCGGGUGGAAGAAGGUGGAUCGGCUCACAGGGAUGGCAGGCUGAAGGUGGGUGAUGAGCUUCUAAUGAUCAAUGGCCAGUCUUUGGUUGGUCUGUCCCAUCAAGAUGCUGUCGUUCUACUUCGGUCAGCUGAAGGCCUUGUGUAUUUAGUAGUGGCAAGCAGGGAAGGAGCAGAAGAAGAUGUUCUUCAUUAUCCAUCUACAAGUUUGCCAGACCUAAUUAGCACUUGUUCUGCUCAGGAUACGGCCCCCUGGAUUGACAAUAAGGAGAAUGAAGCACCGGAAGAGGAGGAUGGAAAAGCCCCAGAGUCAGAAGUCCUGGAAUCUAUGACACACAUGACCGAUACGGACAGGUCCUCAGAUCCUACAGAAGAAGAGAGUUCUAAAGAGAACUGUCAGAGCCCAACUCUUGGAGGUGGUAUUUUGAAGUACAAGAGCCGAUCUCCAGGGGCGGCAACUCGCUUAGAGUCUGUGGGAGAAGAUGAUGAGUUGACAGUAGAAAAUGGAGAUGUGAAUUAUGAACUACCAAUGAAAUAUUCCCGGGGAGGCAGAAAGCAUUCCUUACCGCAGCAUUUGGACACAGGAACCAGACAGGAAUACCACAUUGUUAAGAAAUCCACUCGUUCCUUGAGUGCAGCUCAGGUUGAAUAUCCCUGGCGACUUACACAGCCAUCUAUUAUCUCCAACAUUGUUCUGAUGAAGGGGCAGGGCAAGGGUCUUGGAUUCAGCAUUGUGGGGGGACAAGAUUCUGCCCGGGGUCGUAUGGGCAUUUUUGUAAAGACAAUUUUUCCAAAUGGGGCUGCAGCAGCUGAUGGCAGGUUAAAAGAAGGAGACGAACUUCUAGAAGUUAAUGGGGAAUCAUUACAAGGGCUGACGCAUCAGGAGGCAAUUCAAACAUUCAAACAACUCAAGAAAGGUGUGGUGACUCUCACAGUACGAACCAGACUUCGCAGCCCAAGCCUUACACCCUGCCCAACUCCCACCUUACUCAGCCGGUCCAGUUCUCCCAGCUCCAGUGCCAGUGGAGUAGCCUCAUUUCCCAGUGGAGAAGAUGGAGAUACUUCCUCUUCUAGUCGUAAAGGACCUGGACCAAAGGACAGAAUCGUCAUGGAAGUCACUCUAAAUAAAGAACCUGGGGUUGGCCUGGGCAUUGGUGCUUGCUGCCUCACCUUGGAAAACAGCCUUCCUGGUAUAUAUAUUCACAGCUUGGCUCCAGGAUCUGUGGCUAAAAUGGAUGGAAGAUUAAGCCGUGGUGAUCAGAUCCUGGAAGCAGAUUCGGUCAGUUUGCGUCACGCAGCGCUGAGUGAAGCUUAUGCCAUUUUAAGUGAAUGUGGACCAGGCCCGGUUAGCCUUAUCGUUAGCCGACAUCCUAACCCAAAGGUUUCUGAGCAGGAGAUGGAUGAAGCCAUAACACGAACCACCCACAGAGAAAACAAAGACGUCUCUUCUCCUCAGUCCUCAGCUACCAAAGAAUCCAGUCUGUGCAGUUCACCAGCUGUUGGCAGUAGCUCACCUGGUCCUCACAGCAAGCCAAGGGAGACAGCUGUUCGGCAUGUUAGUUUCAGCGACAGCCCCAAAGGGACCCAGUCUGCUUUCCAAAGACAGAGAAGGAUUGCCUUUUAUGAUGGAGAUGUGAGUGAUGAGGAUGACUUUGCCAAACAAGAUGGAGUCUGCUUCCAAAGAGGAUCGAAGUCAAAAGGUCAAAGAAAAGGAGACAAUGACUGUAGUAUUUCCACUGCAGCUCCUUCAGCGCAAAAUGGAGAUACCAGGCAGGAGAAAGAAUCUACAACAAAUACCUACAGUGACUUAGCUGCCACCGGCUCUGGGAAUCUGAACGAGAGCCCUGGGGAGCAUACACCAGACACCCCUUUUCUUCCCGAUAAAGAACUUCAUCAUCUUCCAGAGCUUCAUCCAGGCUACUUGAAUGUGAAGGACUUUCGAGAGGAACAGCUAGAAUCUAAGAGGUCUCCUAAGCUAGAACAUAAAGCCGUCACCCGAGUGAAAAGCCUGAUGAGUAUUGAAUACCAUGGAAUCCCAAGGCCCAAGAAUGAGGAACACGGUGCUUGCAGCAGAGCCAGUGGGAAGGUCCUUCCAUCCAUCCAGAAGAAUGAAGCUCAAGAGAGUCCCCUGGAGCAGAGCCACGUGGAAUCAAUUACUUUAUCUCGGAAUGAAAAUGAAUCCUUUGGCCUGGAUCUUGAAAUUCAUGCCAACCCUUUGCGCGUCGUCAUAACAGGCUUGCAACCAGGUGGAGCAGCUGAAAGGGCAUCCAUGGGAAGGAUGGUCCCGAGAGAUGAGAUCCUUUCUAUCAAUGGUAUCCCCAUCCGUGGAUUCUCUUAUGAGGAAGCUUGUCAAUAUGUAAGACAUCUUCCCACCUCCAUUACACUGGACAUCCAGAAAGCCAUUUUGCAGGCAGACGAGGCAGUUCAGAAAGAAUCAAGCAAUGUUAUUGUGAUGAAAGAAGAAAUCACCUUUGCAUAUGAGAAAGAACCUUUGGAAUCGCCUCUGGAUUGUGUGGCAGAAAGGACAGGAUUGGUGUCUGAUGCUAACACUAAGGUGGUACCAGCAGAUCCCUCAGAAAUCCAUUCUAUUCAAGACACUUCUGUGGUGCUAUUAGAAGAGAUUGAUGACUUCUCUGGCAAAAUGAAUUCCCCAGAAGAAAAAGAUGGUAACUGUUUAUUAGUCAAGAACAGACAUACCAAGGAGAAUAGUUUUGUGAUGGCAGAAGAAGCUCAGCCGAAUUCUGUAUCAAAUAUAAUUAAAAAUGAUCUUGUAGGGAGAGCUGCAAAUUCUGUUACUAAUACACAAGAGACCUUGGUUUUUUCUGUCCUGGAUUCCAUUAAUGCAAGCAAAAUUUUAACUGUAAACCAAAGCUGUCUGAAUACCUAUUCAAGGAAUUUUAGCAGCCUUAGUGAUGACCAUUUGACUGAAAUUGAAACGAAAAGCAACACUAUUCCAAAAUCUAUGUACGCUGCUGCAGAAGAUUCCAGUUCAGACACAGAAUCCUUAGCCGAGAAUCCCGGAGACAGUUCAUCACUCUUACUAUCUGUUUGUGAUAAUCCUUUGGUAACCCAUAAACUAGUUGAAUCAGAUGAGGAGCAAAUAGAAAUUUGCAGUCUGAAUUAUGACCAACAUUGUAUUCAAAACCAGCUGGACACAUCUCCCAUAAAACCAUCUCAUCAUCCACCAAUUUACCAUUCUUUGAACAACUGUUUGCAGGCAGAAAGCAAAACAGAAAUAGAUUCACCGGAAACAUCCCAUGGAAAUUUUACAUUAGAAAAAUCGCGCUUAUCGAAAAACUUCAGUGCAGAACAUACGGUUCCAUCAGCAGUUUUUCAAUCUUCUCCAGAUGUUUCUCCACAAGGGGUAGACAGUUUGGAGCAAGACAGGCCAGUCUGCUCUUCCACUGAGAAUGGUUGUUCAAGGAGUGAAGGAGGAAAUAGCCUGCAGAACCAAGAAAAUCUAAUGGAAAUAUGUAAACCUUCUGUGCCAGAAAUACAUUCCUGUCCAACAGAAAAUAUCAGUAGCUGGGAAGACAACAUGCUAGGCCAAGAUCAACUGGAAAAACCCCAACAGUUGCAGGUAGAAAAUGAUUUAGUGAUGGACUGUGGAAGCAGUGUAAUUGGUAGUCCUUCUGCUGCGAUGGGGAAAGGAACCAGUGCUCCACCCCAGUUAAGAAGAACAGAAAGCUAUACUAUGAAGACUGCAAUACAAAAAAUAGUCAACAGUCCCAAAUCUCCCCUUUUGACCAAACCAAAACAUUUGGGCAGGGUCUCUUCCGCUCACAAUUUACUAGGAAAGAAUGAAAAAGCCAACACUGUUAUCUCGAAACCCUCAAGUACCAAAACCCUGAAUUGUGGUCAGUGCAAGGGCUUUAGCAUUCCAUACAGUCCCUCUUCUUCCCCUAAAUUACAUCAUGAAACUAAAGGCACUCCGCAAAAGAGUACGGUGGAAACUCUUUCAAAUAAUCAGCAAAACAAAGCAGGGCCUAAAGGAAAAGCUCUUAACAUUAAAAAUAAAUCCAGGGCUCAUUCUGAUGCUCUUGUCACUGCUCCUGCCAAAGCCGAGGGCACUGAUCAAAAAAAGAUAACCCUCCCUGCCCAAAGUUCACCCAGGCUCCUUUCAAAAAAAGGUUCCUCGCUCCAUAACUUAGCCACACAUCUGGAACCGCCCAGCAGGAGUCUCUCUAUGGGUUCUAAGAUAUUUCAGCAGCAGGAGGAAGAUCAGGCCCCUUCACUGGAGGCUCAGACAUCCACUCUGCCCCUGUUGAACGGUGAGAGCAGCAUUAUGAAAAAUAAAGAUAAAGCCAUGAUCAAAUCAAAAUUUGGCAGGGCCGGAACAUCAGGAUCUCCUAAAGUGGAAAAAGAAGCACAGGUCACCAAGUGGGAGGUUAUGAACAGCGAAAAACGGGGGAGAGCUAGCACAGAUCAUUGUCCAACAAGAGACAGCCCUUCUCAGUCAACUUCACCUUCUGAAGCCACAUCCAAGGCUUGUUGCCCGAAUGAUAGAGCCGAAAACGGGGGGAUGAGUGUGAGUUUGAAUCAUGAUGGAUUGGAAAUGAAGCCAUUACAGUCUGACAAUGCAGGGCUUUUUAAAAAGGAGUCUUCUUGCUUUAUUUAUCCCCCUGCUCGGCAAGAGCAGCCCAGUCAGGAAAUUCAGCGCACUUUCAUUGAAGUAAGGUUAUCUUCCUCGUCCUCCUCUUCCUCCUCAUUAAUUCCUGAUUUGCCCCUAGACAAGAAAGAAGAUGACAAUAAGACCAUUCAACUCAGGAGCGAAACGCUGGAUUGUUGGCAGAGCACUUUCCACAAGGAAGAUGCUCUCAGUGCAUUAAAACCGGUGACAAGGACCUAUUCAGUGCCAGCACAAUUAUCUGCUCAUUUACGGGAAGACAGCAGUGAUAGAGAUCAACCAGCGCAUCAUGUCCAGGAUAUCUUAGGUAAUGUUUCAAGUGCAAACCCUUCCGAUUCAGAGUUGGGCCUGCUCAAAAUUGUCCACCUCAGUCUGAGCAGUCAGGAUGCAAAAGCCACAUCUGCCGGCAUCCCGAAAUCAAAGAGCGACAAUGGCAGUCCCGUUGCGCAAAAACUGAAAAAAGGCAGGAGGAAUUAUUACUACUAUGAACUCAAUUGGCCACAUGAUCCCGUUUCUUCUUUUUCUGUAAAGCAGAGAAUUAAAUCGUUUGAGAACCUGGCUAAUUUUGAUAGGCCUAUGGUCAAAGCCAUAGACCUCCAUUCCACCUCCCUCAACUCUAAACUGCCCAUUGGCCAAAGAUUGUCCAGUGGCAUGUCUGCCGUUUCAGCGACCAGCGUAAACGAUGCGGUCCAGGCCUUGCGACGGAGCUUGAGUUCGUACUGUGGAAGUGAAGUUCCAACUUCUCCAAGGAUCACCAGAUCUUCAACCAGCUCGACAUUAACAAACGUGGCGCAGAAUUUCCCCAAGAGCAGCAAAGAUGAUGGUCACUUGGAGAAGAGUGGAAGACCUGCUUUGGGAGAACCAGUUAGUUUACCACCAUCUGCCACCAAUGUCCGAAGAAGCAGAGCCUCAGGUGGUCAUAUUAGACACAUGCCCUUGUCUCGUUCCAAACUCCGGGAGCUGAGAGCUCUCAGCAUGCCAGAUCUUGAUAAGCUCUGCACUGAGGACUUCUCUAUGGAGUCUCAACCUUCACCCAUCAAAACUGAGUUGCAUCUUCCCCCUGUUGUGAGAUCCUUUGAUGCUCCCAUUGAAAAUGUUUCCAGGCUGAAUGAAUGUUCAGGAUUAUCCAGUCCUGGGAUGACAAGCAGGCAGCAUUCAAAAGAAACCAGUCCUUGGAAUAGUGGCUCUGGAACUCCUGGAUCAACAUCUGAUGAGGAAGGGCUACAGUAUGAUGGCAGCCUGAAUAAACUGAACUCGGGGAAAAGCUGGUCUAUCAGCUUGGAUGAAUUGUUGGUUUCCUCUCUGGAUCAGCAGAAAUUGCAGUCUGUUUUAUCUUCGGUGACAACGAAAAGCGAUGUUUCUUCUUUGCUUCAGGAAAUCAAAGCACAAGCAGAGAGCAAGGAAGAUAUUUAUUUUGUAGUCUUGAAUAAAGAGGAAGGCUCUGGCCUGGGAUUUAGCGUCGCUGGAGGAAUAGACCUGGAACAAAAAUCAAUCAUCGUCCAUCGUGUGUUUUCCAAAGGGGUGGCUUCCCAGGAGGGGAAAAUUCACCGUGGUGACCUAAUUCUUUCUAUCAAUGGCACUUGUUUGGCGGGUUCUGUCCAUGGGGAUGUACUCAACGCGCUCCAUCAGGCCAGGCUCCAUAAAUAUGCCAUCGUGGUCAUCAAAAAGGAGAAAGACAGAGGAAGGAGGCCUCCUCAGAACAAUGAGAUGCCUACUUCUGAUAGGCCAACUUUGGUGGAUGCAGCCACGGGAAGUGAAGCAGGUCCAAGCGGAGAACUGAAUGAGGCCCUUUGUGUUGAACUUUUGAAGACUUCUGCUGGCUUGGGUUUCAGCCUGGAUGGUGGGAAAGCUUCAGUAUCUGGAGACAGACCUUUGUUCAUCAAAAGAAUUUUUAAAGGUGGUGCUGCUGAACAAGCUGGAAAACUGGAAGUGGGUGAUGAAAUUCUUGCGAUUGGAGGAAAAUCCCUGCUUGGACUCAUGCACUACGAUGCGUGGAACAUCAUUAAGUCUGUCCCAGAGGGGCCCAUUCACCUGCUGAUCAGGAAGCAUCGGCCGCCGGAAUGACGGAUCCCGAUCCCUGAGUUCCACUUACCUUUUGAGCACAACCUUACCAGUUUUGUUUGCCAGCAGCUGGAAUGGUGGCAUCUGGGAUGUUAUUCUACUAGGUCAGAAUGGUUUAAUCAGUCAAGAAGCAUCAAGAUACAUAUGCAAGACUGGUAUCAAGAGUCAAUAUGGUCAGGCAGCUACCCCAUGUUUAGACCUCAUUGGAGGGCCUCUGGGCACCGUUUGGUUCUCUUAAUUGCAAUCAACUUGUUCACUGAGAAGAUAAAUAAACAAGAACUUAGCAACAGCAGGAACACAAGUCAUCAAAGCGGCUAUUGUCUGCACUGACUCUCUGGAUAGGAGGUGCAGCAGUUCAUAAAAAAUGAGAGAUCUUCAAUAAAUCUCCUAAACUCUGGAGCUGACCUAAGCAAGGAAUUGAUUUAAUUUGUUCUUGUUUGCAGAUGGUGUCUUUCUUUCCAUGCUUAUGGAAGGUGCCAUAAUUUCCCAACAUAUUACUUCUUCUUACUGAAUUCUUAUUCAAUCUUUGCCACUGACACUCAGAAGCAAUGCUUUGUGUUUACGGUCUGCUCUCUCU